GGCUUGCCAGGAGAGCACGGGGUACCAGGAAACCCAGGAGUUAAAGGAGACAAGGGGGACCCUGGUGGGAUUAUGGGACCGCCUGGACAUCCAGGUCCAAAAGGUGAUGUGGGGCCUCCUGGACCAAGUCUGCCUGGAACACCAGGUCCCAUUGGUAUUCCUGGAAACCCAGGUCCACGGGGACCAAAGGGAGAAAGGGGACUACCUGGUGUACAAGGAGCACCUGGGGAGAUGGGACCCCCUGGAAUAGGCAUUCAGGGAUCACCACGAUUGUUUGCAAUUGUCAGCAAAAUCCAGCCUGAGUACUGGUACAAGAGAGGGGGUGUACUUGAUGUUGUAGACGAUGGCAUUUUGAAAUCCAUGCUGGGCCCUAUAGGUCCAACUGGAUCAGCAGGUGUGCAGGGCACUCCAGGAAGAGAUGGAAAGCCAGGACUACCAGGCCCUCCAGGUGAUCCUGUGCACGGCAGUCCACAAGUAAGCCUAAGGAUUGACAACAAGGAGCUUAUGGGGGGACAAACUAGCCCCAUAAUCACAGAAAGAUUUCACCUUGGAGAGGAUAGUCGUCUUUCUCUGGAGAAGAGCCUGCACAUUGCACUGCCACUUGUGGGAGACAUGGGUGCUAUACUGAAGGGUGAUCCUGGCACAAGAGGUCCUCCAGGCAUCCCUGGCAGAGAAGGGCCAAAGGGCAGCAAAGGUGAACGUGGGUUUCCUGGACUUGCUGGCGAGAAGGGCGAUGAGGGCCUUCAAGGUGCUCCUGGACUGCCAGGCAUACCAGGACCCAGUGGACCAUCUGGAGUCACGGGAAGACCUGGACAUCCCGGUCCAGCAGGGUCAAAAGGCGAAAAGGGUAGUGAAGGUUCUCCUGGGAAACCUGGACCACCUGGGCCUCCGGGAGGUGUGAGUGUCGCUAGUUAUCCAGGUCCACCAGGACCUCCGGGUCCAAAAGGAGAUCCUGGCACAGUGGGUGACCGUGGACCAACUGGCACUCCAGGAAUAGCAGGGACACCGGGAAAGCCGGGAUCUCCCGGGUCCCCAGGGAUGCCGGGGGAACCUGGUGAAAGAGGACCUAUAGGAGACAUAGGCUUCCCCGGGCCAGAAGGCCCACAAGGAAAACCAGGAAUCAAUGGAAAAGAUGGAUUGCCAGGUCCUCCGGGUGCUGUGGGGAGACCAGGAGACAGAGGACCCAAAGGAGAACGUGGAGAUCAGGGUAUUCCAGGGGACAAAGGUCCGCAAGGCGAACGAGGGAAACCUGGCCCAUCAGGAGAAAAGGGGGAUGUAGGUCCCAUUGGGCCACCGGGAGACAGAGGCUAUCCAGGAUCACCAGGACAUCAGGGUCCCCCGGGUUCACCAGGACUCCCAGGGUUUCCUGCUGAUACAGUUUCUCUUGAAGAAAUAAAAAAAUACAUCAAACAAGAAGUUCUUAAGGUUUUUGAAGAAAGGAUGGCCCAGUUUGUAUCCCAGCUGAAGCUGCCUGCUGCGAUGCUUGCCUCCCAAGCUCAUGGAAAACCAGGGCCCCCAGGAAAAGAUGGCUUACCAGGGCCACCAGGAAAGGAUGGUUUGCCAGGCCCACCAGGAGAACGUGGAAUUCAAGGUUAUAGAGGACAGAAAGGGGAAAGAGGUGAGCCUGGAAUUGGACUGCCCGGUAACCCUGGACCACCUGGCCCUGCAGCUACUGGCCUGCCAGGCCCAGCGGGAACGCCAGGCUCACCCGGACCGCAGGGGCCACCUGGACCCAACGGAAGAUGCAAUCCGGCAGAUUGCUAUUACCACAUAUCACAGACUCGGUCACGCACCAGCGGGAAAUAAAAACCCUGUCCCGUAGACACUUGGGUUCACGGUCACUUUUCACUCCUUUCAAUAAGUUAAUUUAAUCUUUGAAAUAAUUGGUGCAUUUUUUUUUUCCCCUCAACACUGUAUGGUAUAUAGAUAAUUUAUAAGGCACGGAAUUGAGCCUAUUUCUAUGUUACUUGCAGUGUCGUAAUUAUGAAAGGAUGACAUUUAUUUUCCAGAGUGCAUUCCAUGUGUUAUGUUUCUCAUAUUUAUCUUGCUUAGAGAAGAAAAUAGGCCCAAAUAAUUUUCUUAAGCAUCUUUCUUCAAACAAAAAGUAUUUUAUUAUAACUCAAGACAGUAUGUAUGCCUCAGUAUGUAAGCUGGCUGUAUUUUUCUUGCUGAUGGUGAAGUUUCAGUGGAGAAAGUGCAUUUCUG